AUGGCGACUGCUUGUGGACAUGUGAAAAAUGAAAAUACGAAGGGAAGUGGGCGCGAUCGAGUUGAUUUUAGCUUAGGCAGGAAGGAUAGAAAAAUAGAAAAGCACCAGGGCUUUCGAGCCCACCAGUCGUCGCUCAUUGGCGUUAGCUUGUGGUGCAUGGGCGGAAGAACAAGAGACCGUCACAGAGAGGACCGAGAUCAGCCCGAGCCGAGUGCCCAAUCGGGCAGUACACAUGGCAGUUCGCUGCGUACUUGCCUGGUCAUCAUGAUGCUUCCCUGGUUUGGCGAAUGUGGCCACCGACGUGACCAGGCUGGUUCGCGGUCAUGUACCAAAGCCGCGGCUUGGGCCGCUGGCUUAGGCUUUUCUAAAUCCAAGCCCAGGCCUAAGCCCUGCUCAGGCCGUGACUUAGGCCUGGGCUGGGCCCGGCCUAUUUGGGCCCGGCUUGGGCCGGCCCGGGGCUUCAAGCUGGGCCUUGCACAUCACUAUUUCCAUAUACCAUUCCAUUCACAUGGAGCCACUGCCCCAAAUUUGGGUAUUAAGUGGACAGAGCGUCAAAUAUUGCGGAUAGGGAUAAUGCUGGAUUGCCUCUCACCAUCGCAGAAUUUCUGGUUUGUGCAAGGUGACUGCUUGAAGUGUAUGUCAGGAUAUAGUGGAACAUUGAAGUCCAAAUUUAUUUUUUCGAUGUCGACUCCGACCGAAAAGGCUGCUGCAAUGCGUGCUGCCAAGCUGAAGAGGCGUGUGGAGGCCACCACUACUCCUGAAUCUGCUCCGAGUCGCCACAGCACUGAAAAAUCAAGACACAAAAGUGGGCCGCAUCGCGCAUCGAGCAUGGCUGAGCCUGAUCAUGCCAAGCAGGCACAAACUUUGGACAAAAAAAAACCUGACCCUGCGAACAGACAGAAGAGCAGUGUUACACGGCCAGUGGCACAACUUUUUGAGUCUGACUCAGACGACUUCAAGGUUGAUGGAAGCGAUGGUGCUGUAUCUGAUUUUGGAGCCGAGUCAGACAACAAACUUGAGGAAUCAGAUGAUGACAGUAUUCUGGGACUCAUUGGUGACAAGCUGAAGGCCACCCUUGACUAUGAGCGGCCUCAAUUUACCCCACGUAAUGACCCUGUGAGAAAACGGCUUACGAAGGAUGCGAAGUAUCCUGAAGGUCGUAUUGGCACCAUUCGCGGGAACGUCAGGAAGGCUGCACAAGCACAUGUGGCAAGCCACUAUGGUCCCAUGAAAGGUGCUGACGAGAGGGUUGCAGACCUUCUCAAAAACAAGGCUUACAUUUAUCCUGUGAAUGCAAAGGGGGACCCUAUCCGAACCAAACCAUUUCAAGCGCCGGCGAUUUUGGACACCAUCAAGGAUGCUUUCUUCAGCGACGAGCUCACAGUGGGAGUAAAGUGGCAUGAUCAUCUGACAUCAACAAUUGAUGAUCAUCCUGAUGAGGUUGAGCUUCCUGUCGCGAUGGUGGCACUUGCUAGCGCUGCGUACUCCUCCGAAAAAUUUGACCGAGACUUCAACUCGGACAUGUACGGCGGGAUCUAUCGAACAUUGGUUGGCAUGUUGAAUGGCAUCUUCGAGGCCAGCAAGCGCAAAUUUCACGUACUUGUACACUCACUGUAUAAGUCUGUCUAUGGGUCGAAGCGCAAGACUGAAAAACCUAACACAGCCGAUAGUCUCAUGUUCCUCGAUAUUGAGGGUAUGGCGGAGGAAUGA